UAAAAGCACGCUACAAACUAUCUCCUCAUUACAAUGGCUUUGUGAUAAACGCACAGUUAAUAGCCCCCAAAAGUCGUGGGAUUAUCAAACUUAAUAAAAUUGUCUAUAAAAUUCGCUGAGACUGACACCUUUAGAAAGUCAGGAUUCGUGUUAAUGAAAACUCCAACAUCGAAAUGCGACAACAUUGAAUUCGACACACUCGAGUACUAUCAAUGUUUCGUCCGAAGUGACAAUACGGCCAUUCACCAUAUCGUCGGUACAUGUAAGAUGGGCCCUAGAAGUGAUAGUGAAUCGGUUGUUGAUCCCAGAUUACGUGUUUAUGGAUUAAGUGGCCGAUGCGCCCAUAAUGCCAGUCGUUACCAGAGAAAAUACUAAUACUCCAACCUUCAUGAUUGCUGAGAAGGGAAGCGACAUGAUUAAGGAAGAUUGGUCUACUUAUUUUUAAAUACAUGUAUACAAUUUUAGCACAAAUAAUUAGCAUUAAAGAAUUUUUUUUACAAAAAGUAAUCAAAAAUAUUUGAACAAUUAGGCAAUAAGAAACACAACACAUUCUUUCAUUUCAAAACAAAAAGAAGUGCUGAGUGUUGCAUUUCGCAACCAGCGAAACACUUGUCAAAAGCAAAGCACGUCCAAAUGUAGUCAGUUACAUUCGGUCGAUCACUCGAAUUACAUACAUCAAUAACGAAAUGGUAUGGACGGUCGGCGAAAACACGGCGAUCUGCACGCCGUUCAAUGCAUCGCACACGCCAUGCACAGCCUCGAUGCUGACGUUCCUGGCCUACUUAACAACGUAUCUGGGUAAUUCAACCGAUAGCCAACUUGGAGGAGCUGAUGAGCAGUCGAAGUGCGUGCACUACGAGGAGUUUGAUUUCAUCGUAGUUGGAGCUGGAAGUGCCGGCUGCGUCGUUGCCAAUCGGCUAAGUGAAAUCCACGAUUGGAAGAUAUUGUUAUUGGAAGCUGGCGAUGAAGCUCCAGGGAUCACAGACAUACCCGGUCUGCUAUCCUUACUGCAAAAGAGCAGUGUGGAUUACGCUUACAAGUCCCAACCCGAACCGAUGUCGUGUCAGGCUGAGCCAAAUAGUCAGUGCGAAUUCUACAGUGGUAAAAUGAUGGGUGGAACGAGUUCGCUAAACGUAAUGCUCUACGUGCGUGGAAGCAAGUACGAUUUUGAUAACUGGGCGGCACUAGGAAACACUGGCUGGAGCUGGAACGAGGUUCUGCCCUACUUUCUGAAAUCCGAGGAUCAAAGAGAUAAAGAGGUACUCCAGCAAAAUCCUGAGUAUCACAGCAGAGGAGGUUAUCUGACGGUUGAACGACAGAUCUAUUACGAUGAGAAUGAAAGGGCUCUCUUGGAAGCGUGGCAAGAGCUUGGUUAUUCAGAGAUCGACUACAACACGGGCGAAUUGAUUGGAACAGCGAGAAUGCAGUACACGAAAAUCGAUGGGGCCAGACAAAGUACUAAUGGCGCUUUCAUACGACCGAUUCGUGGUCAGAGGCAUAACCUUCAUAUCAGAGUGAAUUCUCGAGUGACCAAAGUUCUCAUCGAUCCUAAUACGAGACAAACUACAGGCGUCGAGUACGUAGACAAAUCUGGAAACUUGAAGAGAGUUUACGCAAGAAAGGAAGUCAUUCUGUCAGCUGGCUCGAUCGCUACUCCAAAACUGCUUAUGCUUUCCGGCAUUGGUCCGUAUCAUGAUCUUCUUGAAGUCGGUAUUCCAGUCGUACAAGACCUACCCGUGGGCCACAAUGUCCAGAACCACGUGGGCAUGGGCCCGAUCUCAGUAAAACUCUCCAACAGCUCAUCUCACAUCACGAGCAUCGAGAAAAUGCAGAAUGAUGUGACACUCUGGUUAAAUAGUCGACGCGGUGCUAUGACCAAUGUCAUCUUCCUGGACAACAUCGCAUUCUACCGGACCUCUCAGGAAACAGAUCCACGGGCCGUGCCGGACAUCAAGAUCAACUUUGUCAAGUUCAUGGAUAACAGCAAGACCAGCUUCACUGAUACUAAAUACAUCUCACUGCCGUACUACAAUGGCUUCACCUUCUUACCUCAGCUGUUAGCCCCCAAGAGCAGAGGCUUUAUCAAACUAGAUCCUGUUGACCCAGUUUGGAACGAACCAAGGAUCCACGCGAAUCACCUGGUUGACGAGAGAGAUAUGCGGGCGCUGAUCGAGGGUGUCCAGAUAUCUAACCAAUUACUCAAUACCAACGUGUUCAGACAAAUGGGUUACACCCUCACGAAGACACCAGCACCAGAGUGCGAUCAUAUACCGUUCGACACUUACGAGUACUACGAGUGCUACGCCAGACAACACACAACUGUGAUCUACCACCUGGUGAGCAGCUGCAAGAUGGGCCCGGAUAACGAUCCAGAAUCGGUGGUCGAUCCACGACUAAGGGUUCGUGGUAUCUCAGGUCUCCGAGUCAUCGACGCUUCCAUAAUGCCUGUCAUCGUCAGAGGCAAUCCCAACGCGCCGAUCAUCAUGAUCGGAGAAAAAGGCAGCGAUAUGAUCAAGGAAGACUGGAACAGACUUUGAGCGUCAUGUAAUACGAUUCAUAUCGACUAAAUGUAAAACCUCCAUCACUCCUCCUCCAAGCAAUAAACGUUGAAGCCUUUAUCGAUUAUACCCAAAAA